UGUAAUUUCUCGUCAUAAUAGCUGUUGAAUAGCAGUUGAAAUUGAUUUUAAUAAUGUUAUUUGUGUGUUUUAAUAUGUUGUGAAAGCGGUUUUAGCGUUUGGGCUUAUUGUAAAUUUAAUUAUUAAUUUGUUAAGUGACCAAAAUCACAAAUUGCAUUUUGUCCGGAUAAAUAUGAACAAUGAUUCCUUACGUAAACAAAGAUGAUGAAGCCAAUAAUGAGAAGGAUAUAGAAGAAGUUGACAUUAAUAAUCUUUAUAAAGAUGAGAAAAAAACACACUAUGACUGGUAUGAUAAAAUUCUUCUUAACAGACCACUGAAAGUGGUAGUUGUGACCUUGUUGCUGGCAAUUGUAGCACCAGUACUGAUCUACCAGUUGCUGUUCUUCUCGAGUAUAGAACAUGCUCCAAACGACGGAUUCUCACCCGGGUCUUGCGUUGUCUCAAGAGCUUCUCGAUUACCAUGCGGCUUGGGUAAUGUAACUCAGGACAAGUGCCACUCACUAUGCUGCUACGAUUUAAAUAGCCAUGUAUGCUUCCACCGAUAUCCUUCAAGAUUCUCCUAUAUAAUCGACCACAAUAUAUGGAAAGAAUGGUCAGAAGAAGUGAUCCUGCGCCCUAGAGUUAGAAACGUACCGUUUUCCUCUCAAAAUAGCAUACCUAAGCUCAGGUUAUCAAUCGACGAAGUAUCACCUUCACAUCUGACUUUAUUAUUUUAUAAUGCAGAAAAAAUGUCUUAUGAGGGUAAUAGAAUUGAGCACAAGAACUAUACUCACCAUGUGGAUUCACCUGAAAUGACCGUCACUGUGGAGGGGUCUCAAGGUCUGAUAUUUAGCACCCUAAGGGGCCCUUUGAUAGCUUCAAACGAUAUAUGGGAAAUAGCUUUCAAGUUAACCAACGAAACAAUGUACGGUCUCGGAGAAUUACCCUUGACAGCGGGCACAGUUAAGGUCCUUUACCGACACAAAGGUGACUUCAGUACUAUUCCUUUAAUAUUUGCUAAAGUGAAUGACUCAUAUCACGGGCUCUUGAUCGAUUCCGUCGCCCCGACGGAAGUGUUUGUGCUGGGAGAUAAUCAGAUUGUGUUACGUAGCAUCACGAAUGAGGGAUUAAAAUUGCAUGUGUUUAUCGGACCAAAACCUAGUGACGUAAUGAGUGACGCAAUGAUGAUUAUGGGGACUAAUGAACAAUUAGAGUAUUGGAUGCUGGGUGCACAUAUUUGCAGUGAAUCUCCAAAGACUGCAGAAGAUGCUUUAACGGACUUGAAAGAAUUUAUGAGCUCAGCAGCUAGCGCAAGUCUUCCAUUCGACAGUCACUGCGGUUCGGCGCCCAUAGUGUUUAACUCAAACUGUGAAGAUGAUCAGCUCAUUGAAGAGGCAGCUGCUGUCAUAAAGGCAGCUGGAAAACGAUAUGUGCCACAAGUUUCUCCUUACAUUCGAUACCACGAAGUAAAUGAAACAUCAGAUGAAAUUGAAAUGCAAAGAACAGAUAAUGGAACAUGUAUAGAUAUAAUAUCAGAGCACAAGCAAUACAUCCUCCACAGCGCAUUUCAAGCAAAUUAUACUUCAGAUGUGUACGUGGGUCUAGUUGGCGAAGACACCGUUGUUUAUCCAAUGUUUGAGAACGCUUCUGUUGAAUUCAUGAAAAGAUUGUGGGCAUACGAAGUCGAACUAGAUGGUAUUAUCCUAGAAAACAAUUGGCCGUUAGACGAGUCUCUGAAGAACAACGAAACUGCCUUGUACUUGCCAUACUUUAGUAAGAACUUAGAACAAGUAUUUGAAAAUACUCCAAAAUGGAAUGCAGUAUAUUAUAAUGACACCACUAAGUACUUCUAUAAACAUAAUAAAUACGGAACCCAUGCCGUAUCCGCUUUCAAAAACAUGUUCGUUACUGAGGUCCCAAUGUGGUCGACCAGCAGUUGGAUGGAUGACAAUGUGAAUAUAAACAGGCAAAAUAUCCACGCGUCUUGGACAAACCUGAGGAAGGAACUGGUGGAAGCGGCUUUAGGAGGGAUUUCCGGCCAUUGGUUAUGGUCUUCACCCGUUUGCGGCGACACGGACACCUUCGACCCUGAAACCCAGACUAGUUUGUGUGUCAAGUGGUACAUGGCUGCAACAUACAUGCCUCUUAUAAAAAUCCACUCAUCAUCCGUCCCUACUCAUCCGUUAGCUUUCACGGGGACUAAUAAGAACUUAAUGCUUGGAGCCUUAAAGAAACGCUUAUCUUUGCUGCCGUAUUUCUUCACGACGAUGCAAUCAGGACCGCUUUUGAGGCCUAUGUUCUACCAGUUCCCAUCUUCUGAGCAUUUAAAAGACUUGAAUACUCAGUACAGUGUUGGUGACGACUUGGUGAUUGUUCCGAAUCUGUUACCGAGCCAAACACAUGUGCAUUUUUGGAUACCGCCGGGUGUGUGGUAUGAACUGUGGGGAGGUUUACAGAUAAACGGAAAAGAGGGGGAUGUGGUUUCAAUGACUACAACGGAGGCGGACUUCUUAACUCUUAUUCGCGGUGGAGCAGUCCUUAUAAUGCAAAAGGAGGUCAUGACCUCAGCUGAGGAAACCCGUUUGCGCGCAGAGUUCUCUCUCACCAUCGCCCUCGACUGUGAAAGCAAUCACACGACAGCAGAAACUUCUACAAGUGUGGAUUCAAAUUGCUUAGCUACCGGUUCGCUGUAUAUCACAAGGGAGAUGUCUCUUGUAUUUCAAACAAAUGAACGACAUUUAUAUAUUAAAGCCAUCGGUGAAGACUUUGAAGUAAUGUGCGGAGAGAAUGCCAAAGUGGCACAUGUGAUUAAAGAUAUUAGCGUAUACGGUCUGGAUGAUGAAUAUAAUAAUUAUGAUAACCACAGGCAAGCUUCAGUAAAUAUUGAUUUGUGUGAUCUUAAAGAUGCCACGAAUGAUAAAAUUCUGUAUACCUACGUUUGAAAUUGUGUGGUGAGUGCGUUAAUAAAUUUGUAUAUUAAACUCCAUAAUUAGUUUUAUUGUAGUUUGUGCUUUUAUUAUAUAUUUUAGUAUCUUCGGAUAAGACAUAUUGUGUUUACAUUAACACUUUUUACAUAGUUAAUAAGUAAUUUCUUGGAAAUUAAUAAUCAAAACCAGACAGUAUUUUUAGCAUUAUAAUUUUAAGUAGCUAGGUAGUUAAUUUAUUUCACUGUGCCUUUGUUUAAUUAACUUCUAUUUAGGUAGUUUCUCUUGCAGUGCAGUUUUCAACUCCACACUAAGAAGUUACGCCACAGUUACGCAUACUUUGAAUUUAUUAUAUUAAUGGUGUAUACCUAAAUAGAUGACCUAAAUUUAAGCAAUAUAAUGGGUGACUCACUCUAGAACUGCCUGGGUCAACUUUGAUUUCUAUGACGGCUGAACGUGAUGCUUUCUAAGUAUGGAAAAUCGAAGUGGCGGUCGGUCUGGACCUGGACCAUUCUAGUGUCGGUGAAUCUUAAUUAAUGUACGUAUUUCAGCAAAAGGAAGCUUGGAGCUUACUGGUACUGGUUACUAGUAGAUUUAAGUAUUGUAAAAUAGUAUUAACGACAAAUUAGCGCCGUUAGGGAGCAACAGGGUGAUAAUGAAAAGGGUUAGCUCCUAUUAAAGUCCUUUCAAAAGCUGUCGUCGCUAUAUCACUAAUGAUCGUUACCAACGUGCAGUUUUCAUAGCAAAGAAAGGUUGGUAAAAAAUAGUCAAGUAUUAUUAAUAUUAUCAUAAUACACAUUAAUCGAAAUUAUGUUAAAUAAAUAACUAAAAUUUA